AUGGGCGCACCCCAUGCCAAGUUCGCUCUGGAACCGGACCCGGACCUAGACGGCCUCGGGAAUCAUGCACCGAUGUUUAAGAAGCACAAGGUUCUGCCUCACCCUCGGAAGGAUGAACUACAGCGCUCGGGUCCGCUGAGGUACGGCCGGAAGAGCGAGGCAUCUCUGCCCCGGAACAGCGCGUUACCAGCCGCGAGCCCGUCCGGUCGACACCACCGCGCGAGCCGGCAAGCAAGAGGUCCAGAGCCGCCACCCACGCCGCCGGCGCAUUCCCGCACGUCCUCGGCCAGCCAUCCGGCCAACCCCUCGACUCCACAGUAUGCUGAUACCCCCUUGGGCAGCACUGAUAGCGUAGAGCCGCGCCCUCUAGCGACUCCCAACCAACAAACCCCGCCAACCCCAAACUUAACGCCCGAUCAGACCCCUCCGGGUCCCCCGGUGGGCCAAGCCUCGCGCGGCCCCCUCCUGAACGUGCGGAACUCGUCCAGAGUCACGGCAGAUUCAAGGGACGAUUCGUUCACGACGGCGCGGGAGGACCCUUAUUCGUCUGACAACAACAACGACGACGGAAGGUCGACUCUGCGUCCCUCGUCACCUUCAGCCAGAACCUCACAAAGCACCGUCCGCCAGGUCGGCAGGGUAACCAGGAGCGUUUCGCAACCUGUAGGCCUGGGCCUCGGAUUCGAACCGCGUCCCACCGAAGACUCGAAACCAAGAGCAGCACAAGAGUUUGCAAAGUUUGACGGCGAUUGGACAAAUGGACAGGCAGGAGCCAGCGAGGCUGAUAGAAAGAGGGAGCGGGAGUGGGACUCUGGUCUUAUGAAGAAUGUAACCGUAAGGAAACGACGGCCAGCCCGUCCAACGGAGACGCACGACCCGGAAGUCGUGGACGACAGGGCAGUAACGCCAACCAACGCAGCCCGAGCGCUCCGUUCCGUGCCUCUAGAAGAAAGCCCGAUCGUCUGCCCUUCGCGCAGGAUCGCCUCGGACCGGUAUCCAGCUCCCCGGGUUGCGGGUCCGCAUUCCGAAUCCUCUAGCAGCGUUGACGUAAAGCGUUCCUCGGUUAUAUCUACCAAGUCGAACGUCUCGGCGACGGUCGAGGCCAUGGUUGUGGAGACGGCUCCUCAGCGGCGGAAGACGCUGCGACAUGUGAAGAAGCAGAGCACCUUGCGCGAUUCGGGCUCCGAGAUGUCCCCGGCAAGCUCCGCGCCGACAUCCGUCUCACCGGCCGCCAACGGUCAACGCCAGCCUCUCGGCGCAGCUGCACCCAUUGCGGGUGAGAACGUGCGUGAGAGCUACGCUUCAACAACUACAAACAACGCCAUUUCGAGUCGGAAGGCCCGCCGUUCAGUGUGGGACAGCGGGGGCGUCCCGGUUGUCGUGAUUCCCGAGCGCCGCUCCUCGGUCAGAUCCAAUGGGAAGCCGCCCUCCUUGCGGUCAACGAGCAGCAGGAGAACCUGGAGCCUGGGCUCUGCCCCCGUGUCGCAGCCGUCGGGGAGCAAAGAGCAUGUUCCGAUCUUUGAACGGCCGGGUCGUCGAGGAAGGGCCUACUCCGAGUCCGACGGGUCCAGACCAGGAGAUCAGCGGACGAUGGAUUCUCCCCCAGUCAUUCCGACCCGCUCAUCUUCGCUCUCGGCGCCCACUAGCCGGAACGCAUCGAGGACCGGCUCCCUGACAGCUGAGAGUUUGCGCAACCACGGCAUACUCCAAGCGCAGCAGGCCCAUCGCGCCUUGCAAGAAGCCAGCUGGAAACUGGACCAACGUCACAACAACCCCCGGCCGGCGGCCGGCGACGAGCAGCAGAGCGGGCGGGAGGUACAUCGCCCGUUAGCGAGUGUUGAGACCGAGAGCAGACAACCCGUCGUGUUGGCAGAGCGCGCCCCUCGACGAGAGAAGCAGAGCGAAUUAGACGGAAGCCCCGCUCUAGCUCUCCAAGACUCGCACAGCACGCCGAAAGAGAACGGGGCCCUGGGGGUCGAGAGGGAUGAAGAUCCUUUCUUCGGGAAGCGGCUCUCUGUGCAGAACACGCCACUUUCGGUGGCUUCGGCAGAGACGACCACAACUUCCCACGCGGAGGUAUCGGAAGCCAUGGCCGUCAACAUCUACCCACAUCAAAGUAAAUCCGUUGUCCUCGUCAACCAUUCUGCCAAGCCGUCGGAGUCCUCCUCGCUGGAACAACAACACAAGAGCAGUUCUCUGGACACACCGAUCGCCAGAGCGAGCGGCGAGAGGGCCGAUGCUCUCUCCACGCCCCCACCGCUGCAGCCCCCCGUUAACGACGUCGACUCGCCGUUGAGGAACCCGAGGGCACCCCCCAAGCCGCCAGCCAUCAACUUCAUCCCGGCCACUCCGUCUGGUCUGACGCCCACGAGCGAGAAACAGAAACAGCUCGGCAACUACUACGAAAUGACCGCGGAAAAGCCGAAGCGCGGCAUGUCCCUCCUAAAACGGGCCCUGACUGGCCGAACGCCAUCGGAUUACGGCCCGUCCCCGGCCCGCCCGGUAGGCAUCCUCACCCGGACAUUUUCCCUCUCGCGAAACGUCAGACGCCGAAACGAGCGGCCGGGACUCCGGCGACGUUCAACAGUCGACUUGGUGCCUCCAGACGAGACUAGACUUCACCCGCAUUGGCGGCCCGCUUACGUCCAAGACGAGCCUUGCGACUGCCCCAGCUGCCGCGAGCGUGAGGAAGCCGACUACGACUACGACGACCGCGACCGCGACCGCGACCGCAACCGCGUCCGCGUCGGCGAAGACGAGGAGGAGGAGGAGCACGGCCGCACCUACCGCUAUCCACCCAUCGACAACCGCCCUGCCCGGUCCUCCCCUCCCUCGUUCCCCUCCCGCGUCACUCCGCGCCGCAGACUUAGCGAGCGCAUCAAGAGGACAUUUGCGAUCCUUCCGCUGCAGAACGGCUAUGAGGAUGACGACGAGGAUGGGGACAUCUUUGGCGGGUACGACCGAUCGUUCCCCGCCACGGCGCCCGACGCGCCCGACCGCCGGACGAUCCGCCGCACGCCCAGCGGGAAUCUGAGGGUGAUGAAGGUCCGGCGGAGCAUGGAGUCUCUGACGGGGCGCCGGGGAACGCCGCCUGCGGCUGCUGCGGGCCCCGCCGUCGUUGGUGGUGAUAGCCAGCGACGGGGUCGUACCUUUGAGAGGGGUUAUACAAGGCUCUGGCGGUCGCUCAGUCGAAGGGCGAGGAGUGCGGUCCGGAGACGGGGCUCUCUCGGUGGCGGGAUCGGUGGCGGCUAUGCUGGCCCCACUGCUGCCGAGAGCAGGGAUAAGGACAAAGAUCAACGGGAAAGGCGCCAUGGUGGUGGCCGUGGUAGCAGCAAUGACGGGAGAGGCGGAGGCGGCGGCGGCGCGACUACGGCUGGGUUCCUGCCCUCCCUGGGCGAUCGGAUUAACAUACCGCGGCGGCUGAGCGAGCGGCGGCGGGAGAGGCGGACAGAGGAGCUGAGGGGCAAGAUCUCGGGGCCCCGGGAGGUCCGGGACGGGGUUGGGGACGUGAUCCGGAGGAACUCGUGGCGCGAUCGCGACGCGCUGUACGUGAUGGAGCAGCAGAGGGAGAGGAGGCUGAUGCUGCUGCAGCAGCGGCAGCAGCAGCGGCAGCAGCAGCAGGGAGAGCGGAGGGGGUGA